AUGCUGCGAGGACUGGUGCGAUUCCUGGCGCUGCCUAAACCCGCUGUACGCUGCAAAUCCAAUCUGGACUACUCCCGCUUUCCCGCGCUUCAGGAGUCCGAUAUCGAGGAGACUUUCACACGCGGGAGUGGUCCUGGUGGCCAGGCCGUCAACAAGACCUCCAACUGCGUGUUCUUGCGCCAUCUACCCACCAAUAUCACUGUCAAGUGCCACACACAUCGUCUAGCAUCCAAGAACCGCGUAGAGGCUCGUAAACUGCUUCUGGAAAAACUGGACGUGCAUCUAAACGGGGAGCAUUCAAUUGCGGCGCAAGUCAAGGCACAGGAGCAGAGAAAGUCCACUGAGCAGCGGCGGCGACAGGAAAAGCUGCAGGAAAUGAAAAAAAGCUGGCAGGAUAGGGAGCGCACAGAUGGGGGAACCAAAUCGACCGAUAAAGAGUUAUUAUGAAUAAGUUUUACCUCUAAAACUGUCUCUAAAACUUUUAUUUUUGGAGAAAACGGGUUACCAACUGGAGAAAUCUCCAAAACCA